AUGGAUGAUUUUGAAAGCAUAGGAGUUAGGAGGUUUUUUAACGGGCAUAUUGAGAAUGCGGAAUGUGUAUUGAAGCAAGAGGCAUUUGACUUUGUGGUUCAGGAGAUAACGGAUUCCCGGGUCUGUGGAGUAUAUCCUAUUGUUGAUUACAAGAAGUUUCUAGAUGGAAAGGAAGUAGCGGGAUAUGCCGAAGGGCUCAGGAGCGAAGAAAAAGAGUAUCGCUCCAUGAUACACAAGAAACUGAAGUAUUACCCGUUUGUAAAGGCAAAGACUGUUAAUGGAGAGAUACGCCUUGAGAAUAGUGACGUAAGUGUUUAUUCGUUUGUUCUACAGAAAGUUAUGUUCAACACGAUUGAUGCUGGAAGAUGGAUCUGUAGGAGACUUGGAGUGCCCGAGAAUGCAUUUCAGUUUGCAGGGAACAAAGACAAAAGAGCUGUGACAUUCCAAGAAGUCACUAUUAGAUGCUCAUUCAUGAGUCUCUACAAGCUUGCCGUGGAGCUGAAUGAAGAAGCAAAUUGUUUUGAAUGGGAGGAUUUUAUUGUAGAAGGAUACACUAGAGAGAGGAUUGAGAAUGAAAAUAAAAUGAUAGAAAAAGAGAUUCUCAUGACUGUGGGGAUCAGUUUUGAAGAGUGGAAGAAGGGACUUAAGGGCAAAGAAGACGAGGUGAAAGAAAGGUGUGAGAAAAACAGGAGGGAGGAUCCAAUGGGGUGGGAAAAGGUAAGGUCUUCAAUAAAGAUUUUUGAUAUCAAGAAAUCAGCUGCAAAGAAUCUGGGGGAUUUGAAAGGAAACAGAUUCAGUAUAGCAUUGAAAGGGUUUAGAGACCAGGGACUAGUAAAAAACUUGGAAAGAGGAUUUCUAAAUUACUUUGGACAGCAGAGAUUUGGUAACAAGCUAAGAAACCAUGAAAUAGGAUAUGAUAUUCUGACAAGAAGAUAUGAAGAAGCUAUAGACAAGAUUAUGAAGGGAGGAAAGUGCCAUGAGCUCUACAUAAGUGGAAAGUAUGAAGAGGCGAUGGGCCUUGGAGAUAGUGUGGAGAAGUACAUUCUGAAAUGCAAAUCCAAGGGAAUGAAAGAAAAGGAUAUGGUUUAUGGUCUGCGCAGAGAACUACGGAUGUUGUAUUUACAUUCUUAUCAAAGUCUAAAGUUCAAUGAAGCAAUAAACAGCCGAAUGGAGCUUGGAACAGAUGUUGUUGAAGGAGAUAUGGUCUAUGUGAAUGGAGACAUAAAAUCUGUGAAGGACCCUCUUGAGUUCAGCAUAUUCGAUGUGGUUCUACCGCUAGAGAAAUUUGACAACAAAAUGUUGAAAGGAGGAUACAGAAAGGUGGUAGAAAAGGCUGAUGAUGUCGUGAUAAGCGAUGCUAAGGAUGGGAUUGUAGUCAGAUUUUCUCUUAACAGCUCGUGCUAUGCCACAAUGGCUUUGAGGGAAGUGAUUGGAAAUUCUGUGCUGAAUAGAAUAAGGAUAUAA